UCAGCAGAGGUAGGCUAGGACCGCGAACUCUAUCGAUUGAUUUUCAAAUAGUUUCCCGUUUUUUGUUCUGAAUCAUCCACAAAUAAGCCUCUCCGCGAAACCGAAAUCAGAAAUGAUGACUUCCCUUCUAGGAACGAGUGUUGUGCGAUAUCAAGUCCAAUGGCUUCUGGUGUGUCUGUUUAGUAUGACCUGUGCCGUAAGUGACAAUGCUACCAGCAAAUACAGACAUCUAUUCCGGAACCAGACAUUUCCGGUGGAUUUGGUAGCAUUUCCGGGUGAGCUAUGCAUGAGAAGCUGCGAGGAUACACAACCGCGAGUAUGCUAUUUCAAGUGGGUGCUGGAGCACUACCACGCCAUGGGACCGGCUUGCCAAAACUGUGCCAUUGGGAACCACACCGACUGCUACCAUCACGCCUGCCUUACGGCGGACGGCAUUGAGCGUGGUGUUAUGUCCAUCAAUCGACAAAUACCGGGACCAGCGAUACAUGUUUGCAAGAAUGAUCUGAUCGUUGUUGAUGUGGUGAAUGCCAUGGGUGGUACUGCAACUACAAUACACUGGCAUGGGCUACAUCAACGAGAAACACCUUUCAUGGACGGCGUCCCAUUCAUCACACAGUGUCCAAUCGAGUUUAUGAGUACUUUUCGUUACACUUUUUGGGCCAGCGAGCCUGGAACGCAGUUCUAUCACUCACACGCCGGUCACCAUAAAGUAAAUGGUCUGUACGGUGCUAUGAUCAUCCGUCAACCGAAAUCAAAAGAUCCAAACUCUUUGCGGUAUGAUUUCGACCUACCCGAGCAUACGAUUGUGGCCUCCGACUGGAUGCACGUGGAUGCGGAAAUGUUCAUGCCUGGACUGCCAACUACCGAUAGAAUUUUACCAAAGAAUAUUCUCAUCAAUGGCAAGGGAACGUUUGCCAAGUCUGAUGGCACCAAGAUGAACGUCCCGCUGGAGGUAUUCCGAGUGCGAGAAAGCAAUCGUUAUCGGUUCCGUUUUAUCAACGCCGCCAGUCACGUAUGUCCACUAGAGUUGCAAAUUGCGAAUCACACCCUUGAGAUUGUCGGAAGCGAUUCAUUCAAUCUGCAUCCGAUCGAAAUUAAUACGUUAAUCUCAACCUCGGGUGAGAGGUACGACGUUAUCUUAAAUGCAGAUCAGCCAAGUGGCGACUACUGGAUUCGUCUGAGAGCGAUCGGACCUUGCAGCAGCAGACAAAUCGAACAGUUUGCUAUCCUUUCGUAUAAACCACUGACCGUUCAAAAGGAAUACAUCGCAUUUCCAAACGAAGUGACCCCUGAAUAUUUAGAAACUCUAUUUGAGGAUCUAAUUUAUGCGAACCAUCCUAACACAUCAUGUGGUACAUCCAAGCCGGAUGUAUGCAUUACAGAUUUUGAAGCACACGAUGCUGACGAGAGUGUCGUCAAUGGCAUACCGGAUCAUCAAUUUAUUUUGGGAUUUCAGAACUAUCCGUUAACCUUUGAGGAUGCAUUUGGUGUGAAUAAAUAUGAGCAUUUCAUGAACGUAAAAGACAAUAUCACGCUCCAAGGAUCUAUCAACAAUUUGAGCUUCACGUACCCACCAUUCUCGUUAAUGACACAGACAGACCUAAUAGACGACAGCAUGUUCUGCGAUGAACAAACGCGUUCUACGCGCUGCCAGCAUCAACCUUCAUGCACCUGUAUCCAUAGACUGAAAAUCGAGCUGCAUUCAUUGGUCGAACUGUACAUCCUCGAUCUGACAUCGGACAUCAACGAACUCAACCAUCCAUUCCACCUUCAUGGCUACCAAAUGUACGUGAUGGAAAUGGGUCAGGACAGAGAAAACCCGAUUACUGUCGAACGAGCCCGCAGUAUCGCAAGGAAUCGGACGUUUCAUCAGAUUCGUUCGAAGAAAUUCCCACCCAUCAAAGAUACGGUAUCGAUCCCUAGCAAAGGUUACACAAGACUCCGUUUCCGAGCUGACAACCCGGGGUUCUGGUUGAUGCACUGCCACUACGAGUGGCAUACGGCCGUUGGAAUGGUUCUUAUUUUGCAGAUCGGAGAGCAUAAAAAUUUUGUGAAACCGCCGCCCAACUUUCCCACCUGCAAUAAAUACCAGCCAACGAUAGAUGAGUCACUGGUUUUCGGUGAUCCACGACAAGACUAAUCCGUUUAAAAUCUUGCUUCGAACCUGGAACUCAAGAGAUUCUAACCAUUACGA